AUGAAAACAAAUGUUACCAAGCCUGUUGAAAACUCUUAUCAAUCUUAAAUCAUUUGUAAAUCAUUCUAACUAUAUAAGAACCUACUUUGAUGUCGUAGCAAUCAAACAUCACUUAGAUACAAAAAUAGGCAUUAUAAUCGAUCCCUUUAGUUCCAUUAAGAUAAGCUAAUAAAUCAAUGACCACAAUUAGACCUUCAAUAUUUAAAUCAAAAGUUGAGGAGUCAACAUCUUUCAAUAAGUAUAACAUAAUCUAUAAAUAUAGAGAUGCCUCAUGCCUGAUAGCUAAACUUGAUUCAUUAAGAGAAAUUAAAACUUAAGAGAGUCCUCUCAGACAUCAUAAAACAACAUAUAUUCAACCAUAAUCUAGCGUUGUCUUAGAAUUCAAAAACGUUGCUCCUAAAACUGUACAAUUGUAAUAAAGUGUAUUUGCAAGUUGUGUUGAACCUUUUCGUUCAUCCAAAAGUAUUGCAAGUUCAAGUGUUUCAAACAGUUAAUAAUGGAGUAAAGCUGUUCCUCCAUAAAAGAAUUAUGAAGCACUUAUAGAAACUUUGAUGAAGGAAUAAGAUAUUGUUAUUGAAUAGUAUAGUGAGAAAUUAUCAAAAUUAGAAUAGAAAGUGAUUAUUCUUUCUUAAGAAAAUACCAAUCUUAUGGAAUAAAAUAAAUUACUUUUGAAUUAAAAUAUUGAAUUAAAUGAAGAAAUUACAUAAUGGAAAAAUUAAGUAAAACAAUAUCUUGAAUAAUAAUAAAUCAAUUCUAAAUUUUAAAAUGAUAUUGAUAUCUUAGAAAAGUAAUUAGAGUACAAACAAGAUGAACUUAAUUAAACUAAUUAAAAUUUAGAAUAAAUCAAAAAUAUUAACAAAACAUUUGAAAUUACAAUUAAAGAAUAAUAAGACCAAAUUAAUACUAUAUUAUAAUAAUAACUUAAAGAAAAUGAUGAAUACAAUUCUAAAAUGAUUGUCUAAAAAUAAUGUAUUUAAGAAUUGGAAUAAAAAAUAAAUUAAUAUAUAAAAAAUGAAUAAUCAUCAUAAAUAUUAAUAAGAGAUUUAUAAAAUAAAAUCAAAUCAUUAGAAUAAUCAAAUGAAAGAUCAAAAUUUACUAAUUAAUAAUCAUCUCCAAUAAAAGUAAUAUAUAUUUAUAUAUAAUUAGAUUAAUGUUAAAGAUUAAUAUGAAUAUAAACAAUUAGUUUUGGAAUUAGAUAGUAAAUGUGUGACAAUUACAGAAAAAGAAACUUAAGUAGAAGCAUUAAAAAUUAAAAACACAAUGCUUUAAUAAUAACUAAUAUAAUUAUAAGCAUGUUAAUUGGGUAUCAGAGAUUAUGAAACUGGUCUUAAAUAAAAACAAUAAGAAAUUAACGAAUUAUAAUUAUAAUUACAAAAAAAGAAUUAAGAAUAUGACAUUCUUUCAUAAAAUUAAUCAAUAAAACUCAAUACUAUAAAUCAAGAUUAUGAAUAAACUAUAAAUGAUUUGUAAUAAGCUUUACAAAAUAAAAAUGAUGAACUUGAAAAAGUUUCCCUUUAAUUAAAAACAGUCAAAAAAGAAAAAGCUAAAUUAUCUAUGAAUUUAAUCACAGCUGGAAUGGCAAAUUUAGUAAUGGUAUCCUAAAGUUCUGCUUGA